AUGGCAAUGCCUGAUCAACAUAAUCUAUCACAAGGCGAUGGUGAUAUAGUAAAAAAUAUUCGUUAUCGUGCACAAACACAACAACACGGAACAAAGAAUGAAAAUCAUAUUGGAUUUCAACAACAACAACAACAGCCGUAUCUUUCACCUGAACUUUUACGUGCUCGUUGGAUUGAAUUAUACAAAAAGAUGAAUAAGAAUAAUCAAGUUUAA